AUGCCACCAAACGCAGAGCCAAGGAAUGAGAGGCUAGACAACUUAAAAUACAUCACGGCCCAAGAGCUUCAAGACAGAAUUAAACAGGGCGACGCUUUGUUUAUCUACGAUGCGAAGGUGUACAAAGUUAACCGGUUCAUGGCCAACCAUCCUGGUGGUGAUCUCGCCAUUCGCCAUUCCUUGGGCAGGGAUGUGACAGACGAGAUUCGUUCACUGCACCCCCCGGCUGUGUAUGAGCGUAUGAUUCACCAUUUUUACGCAGGAGAAUAUGUACCUGACCUCGAAGUAUCCAAAAAAGCUGUCAAGGAAACAAUGACGACAUCAUGGGAAGGUGGAAUUAGCGUGAGAGCAUUCGAUGAUGAGAUUCAGCAGCUUCAUGACCACCACGCAGAAGAUCUUUCCAAGGAUCAGAUCAGUCAAAAGAAUCUUGACAUGUUGACUAUUCGCAAACAUUUCCGACACCUCGAACAAGAAAUUAAAGAUCGAGGAUUGUUUGAGUGUAACUACUGGAAAUAUGGAAAAGAAGUGUGCCGAUAUCUUUUAUUUCUUUACAUUUCACUCUGGUUCACUCUCACUGGAUCAGAAACUUGGCACUACAUGGUCGGUGCUUGCUUUAUGGCAUUCUUCUGGCACCAACUUGUCUUUACAGCACAUGAUGCUGGUCACAACGAAAUUACUGGGCGCCUGGAAAUCGACCAUUUGAUUGGAGUUCUUAUUGCAAACUUCAUAGGUGGGCUUAGUCUGGGAUGGUGGAAAGACAGCCAUAAUGUUCAUCAUAUUGUUACCAACCAUCCUGAACAUGAUCCUGAUAUUCAGCACAUGCCAUUCAUGGCCAUCACCACCAAGCUCUUUAACAAUCUCUACUCGACAUAUUACGGUCGUGUAAUGAAGUUUGAUGCACCUUCGCGUUUCUUUAUCAAGUACCAGCAUUACCUCUAUUAUCUCAUACUGUCUUUCGGUCGAUUCAACCUCCACGUCUUAUCAUUCACCUACCUCUUCUCCUCAAAGAACGUCCGCAACCGUAAACUUGAACUUACUGGAAUCGCGUUCUUUUUUGUUUGGUAUGGCGCGUUAUUGUCUACCUUGCCUAGUUGGGGUGUGGUGUUUGCCUACAUUAUGGUCUCCUACAUGUUGACCUUCCCUCUUCACGUUCAGAUAACACUCUCACACUUUGGUAUGUCGACAUAUGACGGUGGACCAAACGAGUCUUUUGCGGCAAAGAUGCUGCGUACCACCAUGGAUGUGGAUUGCCCAGAGUGGCUUGAUUGGUUCCACGGUGGUCUUCAAUACCAAGCAGUCCAUCAUCUCUUCCCUCGCAUACCAAGACACAAUCUUCGCUUGUGUGUUCCUCUGGUGAAGGAAUUUUGUAAAGAGACGGGUCUCCAUUAUUACAUGUACAACUUUUCUACUGGAAAUGGUGUUAUCUUGGGUGCACUAAAGUCUGUUGCUGACCAAGUUGUACUUAUGAACGAUGUUGCCAAAUACAAUGCUGGUGUGUGGAACAGUGAAAAGUCUGUAAAUUAAAAUAAAUCAUAAAAUACAAAAACAAAGGGGUUGUAACCGUAUAGUGAAAAUGUUCAAGUCAAAAACAAAAAUAAAAAUUGAAUAUUAAAACAGUUUUGUUUUAUUUGCAAAUGUG